AGUGACAGCGAAGCACUACGAUCUCUAAUCCGUCGUUUCGCCUGCGAUAAAUAAAGAUACACAUCACAGAAUUCCGCCCAAUUCGAAGCCCAAGAGCCAUCUAAAAUGGAGAGUCUAUUCCGAUCAGUGACCGGCGCAAACCCUAACCCCUCAGACUACGAGGAAAUCGAAUUUUGGUUAAACCCUGAGCGAGACGGAUGGCUGACGAAGCAAGGAGAGUAUAUCAAGACCUGGCGCCGUCGAUGGUUCAUUCUUAAACAAGGCAAGCUUCUCUGGUUCAAAGACCCUUCGUCCGUCACAUCCGCCGCCGUUCCGCGUGGAGUUGUCUCCGUUGCUGAAUGCCUCACUGUUAAAGGAGCUGAGGAUGUAAUCAAUAAGCCUUUCGCCUUUGAGCUCUCCACAAGGCGUGAUACUAUGUUUUUCAUCGCCGAUACUGAGAAGGAGAAAGAGGAAUGGAUUAAUUCAAUUGGCCGAUCCAUUGUUCAGCACUCGCGGUCUGUUACCGAUUCUGAAGUUGUUGAUUAUGAUAGCAGGCCGUAGUUAUAUGUGAGGUGCAUGUCCUAUAACUAUUUGUACUCUUGUUGUGUUUCUCUUUUCAUGUUGUAUUCUGCAAACUCUGUUGUAACUUCUGGUUCAUAUGAAGCUUUCAUAUAGUUGUAUGAGUGUAUGUUCAAUGAAAAAGUUUGGUUUAAUCACUUGAUAUUUAACUUAAAA